ACAACAAUGAUCAACAACAAAAGUCAAAAUGGCCAUCGCCCUGUCGGUGUAUCUCUAGUCUCAAUCACCUUUUGUAUCUCUUUAAACCUGUCAAUCAUCGUUCUUAGUUUUAAGUGAUCAGUAAAGUUUCCAAGAAACAAAAACACUUGCAAUAAAGAAGAUUCCUAAAAUCAACUUAAGAAAAAAUUUCAUCAUCAUACUGACAGGAAGAUUUUUCGUAGUUGUUUGUGAAUUGACCCAAACUGUUGAACCUGUUAAGAACAACUUAUUCAUCUCGUUACCAGUAACAUGGCAAAAUUUUCCACAGUCCAGGCAAGAGAAAUUCGAUGUGGGUUAUUCAACAUCAGAUGGGAAUUAAGAAAAGAUUUAAAGGAGAAAGGUUUCUGUCAAGAUUAUGUUAAACUUAAAGUAUACAAGUCAUCCUGGGUCUUUGACAUGGGUUUUGAAUAUUCUGUCGCACUUAAAAAAAGUAAGAAUUUAAACAAAAGUUUUACUGUCAAAGAUGUCAGCCAAGAAGAACUGGAAAACGACUCUGAAGAAGAAACGGAGGAAGAAGAAGUGGAGGAAGAAGAAGCAGAUGAAUACUCAGUUAAUGGAAAUGAACCAGGAGAUGAUUUUGAUGAAGAUGGCAGUGAAAUUGGUCAUGAAGGUAAUGAAGAAGAUAGCAACAAUGAAGGUGAACACGAUGCUAAAAAACCAGAAGACCAGACGGAUGAGAGUUCUUCCCAUCUCAACAAAACUGAAAUUUGCCCUAUGCAUAUGUGGAUCUACACCUCUGAAUCUGUAUCAGGAAUUGAAAAGCAACUUGUAAAAGAUGAUUUUGAUAAUGGAUGGAGAGUAGAUUGGUGUGACUCUAAAUUACCCGAAUUCAUCAAUCUGUGGAUAGAUUUCGGAACUGAGUCCCCAACAGAAAAGAAUGUCAUCAAAACAAUGAGUGGCCUCGCCAGUAUGUUUCACGAUCAACAUCGGUGUGAUGUCAAAUUCCGCUUCAAAGAUGAAAAAUCCAUUGAUGCACACAUCUUAAUUCUUUCAGUCGGCAGCCCGGUGUUUUCGGCCAUGUUCCAGUCGGGUUUCCUAGAGUCCCAAACGCGUGAAGUGACCAUCACUGAUAUUGAUUUGGAAAUAUUUCUGCAACUUCUCGACUACUUAUACACUGGCAGCGCACCCAAACUCGCAGAUGAAAACAUCACCCAAUUACUCUUCGAGGCUGCGGAUAAAUACUCCGUCGAAAACCUUAAAAGUGAUUGUCUCGAAGCUCUGCAGGAACGAGUCAGACUCGACAACGUCGUCAACUUAUUGGUUUGGUCUAACUUUCACUCAACAAAACCGCUUUUUGAUAUGGCGUUGGAUUUCAUCGUUAACAAUUUUCGCAAGCUCUUUGUCCAAGCCGACUUCGAGGACUUCUUGAAGAAUUAUCCGGAUUUGUGCUUGAUGGUCAUGAAACGUGUCGCUUCCCUUCCGUGCCAAUGCGACCAAGAUGAAACAAUGCCAUCUACAGAAUCGUCAUCUUAAUUUUACGUUUCACCCAAUUUACUCCAAUCUGGGGUUUAUCUAUGCCUACUCGAUCAUUCUGAAUGAAGUGAAAGGCUUUUCUUUUCCUUGUCUUAUUAGUUUCUAUCAAACAUUUCCUAACUUCUUUUGUUUUUCACGUUUUGCAGUAUCGUAAAACUUUUGUUAAUUUACUGAAAAGAUGGCAUCUUUCUCAAAUUUCUUGUUCCUGGUUCUGCUGCUCUUUUGCAUGUUUAAACAUAGCAAUAAAUCACCAUGGUUGACAUGUUAAA